UGUUAUACAUUCGAUAAAAACAUGGCGUCAUAUACGCAGAAUAUGUGAUUUUUUGUGCUCUGAUAAAAAUUAAAAUUCUUUUGCAUUUGUAAAGUUAAAAGUUUCAUGUAAAGUGUCAGAAGUGUGUUGUUAAAGGCUCAUAUUAUCUUCCCUGUGACUGCUACAGCAGGCGUGUGCGAUGUCGUGGCGAGGCCGUGACGAGAGGAACACGAGGUGGGGCGAGGACGAGCGCUGGGCCGAGCCCCGGCCGCGUACUCCCGUGUGGGAGCCGCGCCGGAGCGCCAGUCCCGAGCGCCGCGCCGAGCGCCACCACCACGAUCGGUUCGACCGCGAGCGCGAGCGCUACGACCGCGAUAGGGACGACGACCGCGAUCGCCGCGACCGCUACCGCCGCGAGCGCUACGACCGGCCGCGGGACCGAGACCGCCGCCGCUCGCCCAAGCGCUACGACGAGCGCGACCGCGACGUGCCCGCGCCGCCCUCGCCGCCCAACAUCAGCGACGCCGACCGCAAGCCCACUUCGCGCUCCAGCAGCCGCUCGGGCAGCCGCGACCGAAUGGACUUAGACUACGACAACAAGUACGACGCCCGGGACAAGCACGAUGACAAUCAGACCAUCAACGCCUCCCCAGGGGAUUGGUUCUGCAAGUGCGGCCUCUACAACUUCAAGCGGCGCCAAGUGUGCUACAGGCGCAACUGCCAGGGCAAGAGGUCGGAAGGCAUAGUCUAUGGUGGCGACAAUGAGAGAAACAGCUUGUCAGAAAAUGCUGGCAUAACAAAGCGCUUGUUAUUCCGAAGACUAGACGCAUUGACUACUGAAGAAAAAAUAUUAGAGGCUAUUAAAGAAAGAUGCUCAAAAACAAUUUUAGACUCCAUAGCUGGCAUCACCAUUGGCAGAGAAACUUUGACUGGUGCAUCAAAAUGUUUAGCUUACAUAAAUUUUAACUCCAUUGCUGAUUCAACGGCUGCUCACUCUGAGUUAGCAUCAUUACAACCACCACUGGAAAUCGAUGGCAGAGAGGUUCUUAUUAGUUUUUACAAUGAACCAAAAAAAAUUCAGAAGCCCCCUAGUACUGACUAUUCUUCCUAUUAUGCUCAAAUGUCUACUUAUAAUCCUCCUUCUCAGGCCAUGUCCGAGGCAGACCGGGUGAAUGCAGCUGCUGCUGUUGCACAGUCGGCUAUAUCUGCUGCUCAUGCACGUCACAUGGCCUGGACCCCUGUUAGUGUUCCAGCAUUUGUGUCUUCCAAUUCUCAGGCUACCCCUACUAGCAAGGCACCUAUUGGUGAUGGUAAAACAGUGUACCCUGCACCUGAUGUUAGGACUUUUAUGUAUGAUGAAACUUCUGGCUAUUAUUAUGAUCCCAGCACAGGUCUGUACUAUGACGGCACCAGUCAAUACUUUUUCAACAGUCAAACACACCAGUACUUAUACUGGGAUGUCCACACCUCUACCUAUGUUGUCGCUACUCAAGCGCAUCAGAAUACUGAACAGCCAAAAUUGCCAAACCCACCGACAGCCACCACAGAGAAUACUAUUGCCAAAGAGCCUGAAGAAAAAAAGAAGAGAGAUAAAGAAGAUAAAGUCAAAGUUGCGAAAAAAAUAGCCAAAGACAUGGAACGAUGGGCACGUACAUUAAACCAAAAGAAAGAAAAUGCAAGAAGCAAUAUUGUUAUGGAGCAGCCCUUGGAUAUGGGAGCGAGCAAAGGCUCUGCUGACAUUGGCUUUUCUGUGUUAGGUUCUGGGCCAUCCUUGACACAUGUCAGGGAAUUAUCUCCACCACCUACCACUGGAGAUGAUUUCUUAAUGAAGAGGGUGGCUGAGACGGAACAUGCCUUUGACAGUGACGAGGGUAUCAUAGAUUGGUCGAAACUGACUUGCCUCAUCUGCAAACGACGCUUCCCAUCCGCGGAGGUGUUGAACAAACACAAGUCCCUAUCAGAUUUGCAUAAACAAAACUUGGCCGAUUUUCGUAAAAAGAAUGAACUUAUUCCCCAAACGAAUGGGUAUAGAGACAGAGCAGCCGAGAGGCGGAUGAAGUUUGGCGAAGACGAGCUGCCGGUGAGGAAGCGCUACGACCCCCCUGACGCCAUGCCGCCACCCAUCGCCCCGCACCCACCGCCUUCAGUCGUAGACACGAUCGGAGGGAAAAUGCUGCAGAAGAUGGGUUGGUCAGAAGGCAGGGGCUUGGGAAAAGAAGAACAGGGUAGGAUUGCACCCAUAGAAGCAGAACAACGACCCAGCUUAGCUGGACUUGGUCAAAAAAGAGGCAUUUAUACACCAACCCCUGGGGAAACCUACAGAGAUACUGUUAAAAAGCUCAUGAUUGCAAGAUACAAAGAGGUAGUCGGCCAGGAGGAAGGAAAAUAGGUGGGUACUCAUUUUAUUAUCACUUACAUUGUUACUAAUACCUUUUUUUUCACAGAUUGGAUUUCAGGUCAGUUAAACCGAAUCAAAAAGAUUGAAAGUACAGAUCAUCUGCUAAGUGUUAUCAAGUUAAUUAGGUUGAAUAGCAUUCUUUUAUAUAAGACUGAUUUAGAACUAGGCUGUUAUGAACAAUUGAGAUCUUUAGUCCAUGAUCUAGACAAGAUUGUGAAAGCCUGAAAUAUGUGAAAUAUAUGAACAUAAGUGUAAUAAUAACUUAUAAAGUGUCACGACUUUCUCAUUGUGAAUCCAUGAAGAACGCAUGCGAAAAAUGACUUUAUGUUCCCGUAAUAAAGUCCAAGGUUGUGGUAAUCAUUGGUAAACAACUAUCCUGAUUCUAAUGGUUUGAUUCUGAUUUUACUACAAUAGAUGUUGGCGGUACAAUGCUUCUUCUGAGGGUCGCCACUCAGAAAUCUCGAUGUCCAUCCUGGUAAGUAUUGAUUCAGACUGAAUCAGAUUACAUCUGCACCCUAAUGCUAUUGUAUUCACAGCCUCACAGGUAAAUGUAUUAUUGAUGAAGCAAGCCGGAGAGUUGUUACAUUCAUUAUGUUUCUGCCCUAGAUGUGCAAAAGGUUUGGCUUCCCCGACAGAACUUCAGCUUUUGCAAAUUUUGUUCCUUUGGCAUAAUGUUAACAUUUUUAGAAUUUUAUUUUUUUAGUUUCUGAAGUUGUAGUGUAGGCUUUUUAUAAAAGGGUUAUUUAUGUGGACUUCGUCUGUCAAUAUGCAGUAUAAUUAAAAACAAUAUUUAGGUCAAAGACAUAGACAUAAAAAAUAAUUUUGCUAUAACGUGACUAGUCUUCUUGAAAGCAAAGCAAGUUAUAGUUACUAGUUUUCUUUGUGAGGGUUAUUACAGUUGAAGGUUUGACAUUAAUUAGUUUGUACAUAAAGAAGACUUGUUUAUCUAUUUCUGCAACAAUAACCAGUUACAGUCGACAAUAAAUUGCUAAGAAUGUUAACGCCAAUAUCGUAUAGGCAUGUACAAGUCGAAGCAAGGAAGACAACUGGACAUGUGGACAGAAAUGUGAUAGACUGAGACUGUAGUGAUGUGUGUUGAGAAGAAACGGUGUGUAGACAAGCCACGGCCUGUUACUGAUGAGUGUGACCAUUUACCUUACAGAGUCUACAUGCCUGAUGCCGCUGCGCGUUGCCAAACAUUGUUACAAAAUCCCGUACUCGUAUAGGUACUCGUACUAAGACAACCCUAGAACACAUCGUGAGAUUAUAUAACUUAAAGCAAUUUACUGUAGUGAACAGCGUUCCAAUCUAGCUCUUAGAUAUGUACUAGACAUAGAUGUUACUUCAAUAAUACUAUUUUUAAUAUACAUUUUUAAUGAUUCAAAGUAUCUGUUAUUUCUUGGUGUUCGUAGAUAGUCCAAUUGUUAAGAUUUAAAGUACUUCUAUACUAAUACUAUCUCAAUUUUUAUAAAGACAAUGAAACAUGCAUUGCAUUUAUUUUUUGUUUCUAAGAUUUUGUCGUUCAUAUAGUUAUGUUAGGGGAUUGGUAAAAUAAUUACAUUUAUAGAUUGGAAAUUAAAUUAAAUUUGUAGGAAAUACUUAUAGACGUUUAGGUUACUCAGUUACAUAAAUUAUGUAAAAGUGUAUUUAAUUAGUUUCAAUAAAAUAUAGGUGUUGUAGAGUACUUCAGUAAUGAUCAACGAAAGAACGCAUUAAUAUUAGAAUUUUAUUAACUCAAUACGAAAUAGCUGUUUGCCUGGUCCAUAAAUAUAUGUUUAUUUUUCUUAUAGAAACUAGAAUUAAGAAAUUUCCAUAUUUAGACAUAUUAUGAAUUCUAUUUAAUAUUAAUUAUAGGUAUUUAAUAUGUUAUUGUUUAUCACUUUAUUAUAGACUUAAGACCAUAUAGAAACUCCAUUUAUUCCUAAUACUUGUAUUGUACUGUAACAGAGACUUCCAACACUGCUCCAUACUCCAGUCUGUGACUAUAUUGUGUCAAGCCACAUAGCUCCCCCUAGUUUACCCGAGAAGGCUGUUAUCGACAAUUAUUUACAAUCGUAAUAAAUAGUGUUUUCCGAGUCUUGUUUCCUAUUUGCUGAUUUUCAGUUAACAAUCUCAUUAAUUAUGGAACCGUGUACCAAUUUUAUGGUUGAGCGGCAUAAGUUUGCUCGUGCAUUCAUUUGAUGAAAAACUUGUAAUGUGGGAGUAAUCAAUUACUUUACGCUUUGUUUGAGCUCCUUGUUAUGUAAGCGUCAUACUAUGCAAUUCAUUAAUGAGUGCGCAUUGUGCAUAUUAAAUACCUUUUGUGAACGAGUUUUCAAAUGUUCGCGUACUUUCUGUAGAACAAACUAACAGAACGUAAUGUAAUUGUAUUAAAUAAAUGUGUCAAUCAUGUAGUAGGGUAACUACCGAACAGGCCGAGAGAUAAAAUGAGUAAUUUUCAGGUUUCAUAGAUUGCUUAAGUUUUUAUUGAGCAUUGAAAUAAAUUGUGUAAAGUGAA